AUGCUAGGAAAUGUUCUACACCUUCCUUUAACAUUCACUGAAAAGAAGUUUCACGAAUGGGGGAAGACCUUCGGAGACAUCGUCUAUAUCGAGAUAUUCCGCACCCCAGCCAUCGUGCUGAACUCGUUCGAGGCCGCACGGGACCUCCUGGACAAACGCAGCGCCAUAUACUCUGACCGCCCGCGAUUAGUCCUGUUGAUGGAGAUGCUUCGAGCACGCACCCUGGUUGGACUCCCGUACGGGGACGAGUUCCGCAAGCGCCGAAAGUGGAUGUUCGACGCCGCGGGCAACAAACCGACGCUCCGUGGGUACCACGACAUCCAGUACAGGGAAGUGCGCAAACUUCUGCACAACCUGUCCCAGCGGCCGGAUCAGUUCAGCGAACAUCUGCAUCUCUAUCUUGCCGGGAUGAUGCUGGAGAUCACAUUCGGCCACCCUGUGAAGACUUUGGACGACCAACUGGUUCGACUGGCCGAGAGAGCGAUCUACGGGAUUAAUACAGCGGGCAGAGCGGGGGCCGUGAUUGUCGAUUUUAUUCCGAUAUUGAGACACAUACCGUGCUGGUUGCCCGGCAGCUUCACGCGGAACGCCAAGGUCGUCCGUAGGCAUGUGGAGGAGUAUCGCGAUAUAAGCUACAAUGCCAUAACCUCAGCGAUGGCAGCAGGAGUAGGAGAACCGUGCAUAUACCGCUCGGUCCUGGAGCAAUAUGGAGGAGGCCCGACCCCAGCUGAGGCCGAUGACAUCAAAGGUCUAGCCGUCGAUGUGUAUGGCGCGGGGGUUGAAACAAGUCGCGCAACUCUGAGCACGUUCAUGCUUGCUAUGACGCGCAAUAGAGAGGUUCAAAAGAAGGCUCAGGAAGAGCUCGAUCGAGUAGUGGGACGCGAAAGGCUCCCCAAUUUCAGCGACCGCGAUUCGCUGCCCUACGUGAACGCACUCCUUGAGGAGGUCUACCGCUGGAAUCCCACCGCUCCACUGCUCGUCCCGCAUCGCGUCACCAUGGACGAUCGUUAUCGCGAGUACGACAUCCCCGCGGGUUGCAUGGUGAUCCCGAACGUAUGGGCAAUGUCGCGCGACGCCAAAUACUAUCCAGAACCUGAAGAGUUCCGCCCUGAGCGCUAUCUCGGAGUGGACACAGAGGCGGGUGACUAUCUGCUCCCGAACAACUUUGCGUUUGGAUUUGGACGCAGGGCUUGUCCGGGACAAGCUCUCGCAGACGCCAGCGUCUGGCUCGCGAUCGCGAGCACAAUGGCGCUGUUCGAUAUCCUGAAGCCACUCGACGAGUCCGGGAAGGAGUACAUGCCUCCAGCAAAGUUCAUAUCGGCUUUCGCAAGCGAGCCGGCGCCGUUCGGGUGCAGAGUCGUCCCUCGGUCCAACAGUGCGGUCGCGAUCUUGGAUCACCUGGAUGUUGGGUUCAACAACGCAGCUUGA